UUAUAAAAUAUUUUUUUGCUUGUUCCAUAGUUUGCAAUCGAUCUUGCUAUGCUGUAUGUUGUCAGUAAAUGCUCAGCACAGCAUCAGAGAGAAAGCUGAAAAAGUAGUAACUAUGCCAUGUCCCUGUGGUAGUCUUAUGGUGACACCAUAGGAUUGGCAGAACUAUGUUAAAUAGACAUUAGGCCCUAAUUAAAAAACAUUUGUUUUUGUUAUUUGGAACUAGGAAGAAGAAAAUAUACUUUCUGAACUUUAUGUCCAGCGAAGUGUUUCAUGCCAUAGGAGCUUCCCUGACUAUUAUGGGGCCUAUUAUGAAAGGAGUGAAGACUCACUUUGGAUUGCCAUGGAAUUCCUUUCUGGCGGCUCUGUAGCAGAUUUAAUUGAGACCAAGAAUUAUUCCUUGGGAGAGCACUGGAUAGCCUAUAUAUGCAAGGAAGUAUUACUGGGCUUGACUUACUUGCAGGAGAUGAAUGUGAUCCACCAUGACCUUAAGGGCCUCAAUAUAAUGCUAACAUCAAGCGCCCAAGUGAAGAUAAUUGAUUUUGGCCUUGCUACUGUGGGAUCCAAAAGUAACAGCACAGCAGGAACCAUCAAUUGGAUGGCACCCGAAGUCUUUGCCUGCAUUGAGGACAACACAGCACAAUAUGACUUUAAGGUAUGAUGAAUACAUAACUUGUCAUUUAUUUAGGUUUUUAGAGAAGGGUCUAUGUGACACGAGAAAGCAAAAUGCAUUCAUUGUGCAGGAAACAAGAUUUUUAACAAACAAAUUCAUGCCAAAUGUACAGGUAGGAGACUAUUAGGGGGUUAUUUAUCAAGGUCUGAAUUUAUCUCAAUAUCGGCUGCUACAAACUCUAAGCCGCUUGGGUU